AGAUCAAUGGAGGGGGCCAACCAUUCCAGGGUGUCUGAAUUUGUAUUACUUGGACUUACUGAUUCUCCUGAGCUCCAGAUUUUCUUUUUUGUGAUGUUUUCCCUUUUCUACCUGAUGUCCAUGUUGGGCAACUGCCUGAUUUUGCUCACAGUUCUGUUCAGCCCACACCUUCACUCCCCCAUGUACUUCCUGCUCAGCAACCUGUCUCUCAUUGACAUGUGCCUGUCCUCCUUCGCCACUCCAAAGAUGAUCGUGGACAUCUUUGCUCAACACAAGACGAUCUCCUUUGAGGGCUGCAUUUCUCAGAUCUUCUUUUUGCACCUCUUCACUGGGACUGAGAUUGUGCUGCUCAUCUCCAUGUCUUUUGACAGGUACAUUGCCAUAUGCAAACCACUCCAUUAUUCAUCAGUUAUGAGCCAAAGCAUGUGUGUGGGGCUUGUGGUAGCUUCUUGGACAGUGGGCUUUCUGCAUACAAUGACCCAGUUAGCUUUUACUCUCUAUUUACCGUUCUGUGGGCCCAAUGUUGUGGACAGUUUCUUCUGUGACCUUCCUUUGGUCAUCCAGUUGGCAUGUAUAGAUACAUAUUUUCUUGGAAUCUUCAUGAUUUCAACCAGUGGCGUGAUUGCUCUUAUCAGUUUUCUGCUUUUGCUCACCUCCUACAUUACUGUUCUUGUCACUAUAAAGGACCACUCCUCCUCAGGAUCAUCUAAGGCUUUGUCGACCUGCACUGCACAUUUCAUAGUUGUGUCAAUGUUCUUUGGGCCCUGCAUCUUUAUCUAUAUGUGGCCUUUCACAAACUUCCUGAUGGACAAAACACUCUCUAUUUUCUAUACCAUUUUCACCCCUUUUCUGAAUCCACUUAUCUAUACUCUGAGAAACCAGGAAGUGAAGACAGCUGUGAAGAAGAAACUAAGUAACCAAUAUUUAAAUAUUGGAAAAACCACCCCAAUGUAUUCUGUGCAAUGAACAGAGAUCUCUUGGUCUGAGAUUUAAUAGCAACAGUUUUGCUCUCAGAACAACAGAAAAGUAAAGUUAGAAUCUUUUAAGUCAUUUAGUUUAAAUUCAUGAAAAGAAGAAGACAGGGCUGAGAGAUGUGAAAUAUUUUGCCUAGAAGUUAGUGGAGUGUUUGCAAGCGUUUUGCAAUUAUGGAUCCAUUUGAAAAUCUGUUGAAAUUUAUAGGCUAUUUUUACUGAAAAAUGUACGGAUCAUCAAAAUUGUGAACAUAAAUUCAGGCUUCAGAGACUCCCAAAUUCUGUAAACAUGUGUCAGGUUAAGACUACUUAGAGAAGCCUGAGAUAAAUGUUGUUGUUUAGCCUUCUAACUCAGAA